AUGGUUGAAAGAACAGAGGGAAGAAGAGAAGUUGCAAUAGGAAUUGAUUUAGGUACAACAUAUUCAUGUGUUGGUGUAUGGCAAAAUGAUCGUGUUGAGAUUAUUGCUAAUGACCAAGGAAAUAAAACUACUCCUUCUUAUGUUGCUUUUAAUGAUUCUGAUCGUUUGAUUGGUGAUGCUGCUAAGAAUCAAGCCGCUAGGAAUCCUACCAACACCGUUUUCGAUGCAAAACGUUUAGUUGGUAGAAAAUUCAAUGAUAAGUUUGUUCAGAGAGAUAUCAAGGCAUGGCCUUUCAAAGUCAUUGCUGGAAUAGAUGACAAACCCAUGAUUCAAGUCAGUUACAAGGGCAAGGAUAUGCAGGUUUCAGCUGAGGAAAUCUCAUCCAUGAUUCUCACAAAGAUGCGACAAACUGCACAAGACUAUCUUGGUUCAAUUGUUACGAAUGCCGUUAUUACAGUCCCUGCUUACUUUAACAAUUCACAGCGUCAAGCUACUAAAGAUGCUGGAACCAUUGCUGGCCUUAAUGUAAUGCGUAUCAUUAAUGAACCAACGGCGGCUGCUAUUGCUUAUGAGCUGGAUAAGAAGGCAACCAGUGAUAAUGAGAAGAAUGUUCUCAUCUUUGAUCUAGGUGGGGGUACUUUCGAUGUUUCAAUCCUCAACAUUGAAGUGGGUAUUCUUGAAGUCAAGGCUACAUCUGGAGAUUCACAUCUUGGAGGAGAGGAUUUCAAUAACCGGAUGUUAAAUUACUGUGUUCAAGAGAUGAAGAGGAAGCACAACCUGAACAUUAGUGAAAACCCAAGGGCUCUUAGGAGGUUGAGAACAUCAUGUGAGAGUGCAAAGAGGGCCCUCUCCUCUGCUACUUGGACGAUCAUUGAGGUUGAUGCUUUGUGUGAAGGAGUUGGUUUUUAUAUGUCCAUUACUCGUUCUAAAUUUGAAGAAUUGAACUUGGAUUUGUUCAAGAAAUGUAUGCAAUCCGUUGAAAAGUGUUUGCAAGAUGCCAAAAUGAACAAGAGCAGCAUUCACGAAAUUGUGCUUGUAGGUGAAUCCACUAGAAUUCCCAAGGUGCAGUCUCUAUUGCAGGAUUUCUUUGGCGGAAGGGAACUGCGCAAGAGCAUCAAUGCUGACGAGGCUGUGGCUUAUGGUGCUGCAGUGCAAGCUGCUAUUUUGAGUGGUGAGGCUAAUAAGAAGGCGCAGGACUUGUUGUUGUUGGAUGUCACCCCUCUUUCUCUUGGUGUUAAGAGACUUAAAGGUGUUAUGGAUGUGUUGAUCCCAAGAAACACCCUCAUCCCCGCAAAGAAGGAAAAGGUCUACUAUACCUUUGAGGACAAUCAGCACUACUUUCGUAUUCAGGUGUAUGAGGGCGAGCGAACCAGGGUUCGUGACAAUAACUUGUUGGGUGAGUUCGAGUUAACCGGAAUUCCUCCAGCACCUCGCGGUGUUUCUAAUGUGACAGUAUGCUUUGACAUAGAUGCAAAUGGUAUAUUGACUGUAUCUGCCGAAGACAACACAUCUGGGAAAAAGAACAAGAUUACGAUUAGAAAUACCGAGGGGAGGUUUUCCGAGGCUGGGAUCAAGAGGUUGAUUGAAGAGGCUGAGGAAUACAAAUUUGAAGAUGAGGAGUACAAGAAGAAGAUGGAUUCAAGGAACUCCUUGGAGAAUUACUUAUCCGACAUGAGAAGAACGAUUGAGAAUAUUGAAGGGAGGCUAGCAUUGGAUGAUAAAAAGAAGAUUGAGGCUGCACUCAAAAAGGUAAGCCAGUGGUUGAGUAACAAUGAAUUAGGGGAGUUGGACAAUAUCUCCGACCAGAUGGAGGAGUUAGAGAAUGUGUGCAGUCCUAUCAUAACUAAAUUGAAUGGCCUGCCUUCAAAAUAG